AUGGAGGCAACCUGCAGCCACCUUCUGAAUCUUCUCCUCUCGCUCCUACUACUUUCUCCUAGAGCCUUCUCUGCCGGAGCAGUUGCCGACACAUUCAGCAAGGGCCGCAACAUCACUGACAACGAGACGCUCGUCUCGGCCGAUGGCGCAUUUACCUUGGGUUUCUUCUCCCCCGGUGUGUCAACCAAGAGGUUUCUCGGCAUCUGGUUCACCGUGUCUCGUGACGCCGUCUGCUGGGUGGCCAACCGUGACCUCCCUCUCAACGGAAAAUCCGGCGUGCUGGUGGUCAGCGACACGGGGAGCCUUCUCGUGCUAGACAGCUCCGGCCAGGUCGCGUGGUCGUCAAACUCCACCAGCACCUCGCCGGUGGAGGCGCAGCUCCUUAACUCCGGCAACCUAGUCGUGCGCAACCGAGGGAGCGCCCAUAUCCUGUGGCAAUCGUUCGAUUACCCGUCGAAGGUGAUGCUGGGCGGCAUGAAGGUGGGCAAGGACUUUUGGAACGGAAACGAGUGGUACAUCACGUCGUGGCGUUCGGCAGAUGACCCCUCCCCGGGGGCCUACCGCCGAGCGCUGGACACCAGCGGGCUGCCCGACAAUGUCGUGUGGCAAGGCAACGUCAAGAAGUACCGCGCGGGCCCGUGGAACGGCCGGUGGUUCAGCGGCAUCCCAGAGGUGUUGACGUACACGAACGUGAUGGAGUAUCAAAUGGUGAUCAGUCCGCGGGAGAUAACCUACGGGUACAUUGUGAAACCCGGCGCGCCCUUCACUUACAUCGUGUUGCUGGACACCGGCGUGGUCAGGCGCAUGGUGUGGGACGCGAGCGCCCGGAAAUGGCAAGUCUACUUCCAGGGCCCGAGGGACGUCUGCGACGACUACGGCAAGUGCGGGGCGUUCGGCCUGUGCGAUGCCAGUGCGGCGUCGACGUCGUUCUGCAGCUGCCUCAGGGGGUUUAGCCCGGUGUCGCCGUCAGCAUGGAACUUGAGGGAUACCUCGGGCGGAUGCCGGCGAAACGUGAAGCUGGACUGCGGCAAUGGGGCGACGACAGACGGUUUCCUGUUAGUGCACGGGGUGAAACUUCCCGACGCGCACAACGUGUCGGUGGACAGGAGCAUCACAGUGGAGGAGUGCAGGGCGAGGUGCCUCGCCAACUGUUCGUGCUUGGCCUACUCCGCCGCGGACAUCCGGGGAGGCGACAUUCGUAGCGGCUGCGUCAUGUGGACGGAUGAUAUCAUGGAUCUUCGGUACGUCGACCAUGGGCAGGAUCUGUACCUGAGGUUGGCCGAGUCUGAGCUCCAGCCACCCUCGCCGCCCUCGUCGUCGCGGCCUUUUCCUACUGCGCUGGUUGUUGGUGCAUCCGUAGCUUCCCUCGCUGUGAUUAUCCUAAUUCUGUCGGUACUUGUUGUGAUUAGGAGACGCCGGAGACCUACAAUCUCAUUAUCAGGUAAUCCGACUGUCCCUUCUGUUGAACUGUCUAGUUUGAAGGAGGCAACACGAGAUUUCUCCGAAAGCAAUAUCAUUGGCCGUGGAGCAUUUGGCGUCGUCUAUGAGGGGCAUUUACCUGAUGGUACAAAGGUUGCUGUAAAGAGGAUCAUACAGUCUCCUCUAGUCGAUGAAGGCGGUGAGGCUUUCAUGAGAGAAGUGGAAGUGAUGUCGAAGCUCAGGCACGGCAAUCUUGUUCGACUUCUUUCUUACUGCAAGGAUGGGAAUGAGCGGAUACUAGUCUACGAGUACAUGAAGAACAAGAGUUUGAACCUCUACAUAUUCGGUAAUUCCAAACUCCGCGCUCUGCUGAAUUGGGAGCGAAGGCUGAAAAUAAUUCGAGGGGUUGCAAAAGGUGUUGCUUAUCUUCAUGGACUAAGUGAGGAAGUGAUUCACAGGGAUCUCAAACCAUCCAAUAUUCUUCUGGAUGACAAUUGGAGGCCUAAGAUCGCAGAUUUUGGCACCGCGAAACUAUUUGUUGUCGACCAGACAGAUCCAACACUAGUACAAACAGUGGGGUACACGGCUCCCGAGUAUAUCAUGGAACAACAUUUGACACUGAAGUGCGAUGUGUACAGCUUCGGAGUUAUCCUGCUGGAGAUAGCCAGUGGCCGAAGGAACAGAACCACGCCAAUGCUCCUUUCUUAUGCAUGGGAAUCCUGGAAUCAACAUAAGAUCAAUGAAUUUCUAGAUUCAGCCGUUGCCCAACCGGAACCGGAGCUCAUGUUUGAACUAGAGAGAUGCGUACAAAUUGGGCUUCUCUGCAUGCAACAGUUGCCGGAGGACAGGCCUACCAUGUAUGUCGUAGUUACGAUGCUAAACAACAACAGUUCACAGAUCCGUCCACCUAAAAGGCCACUGUUCGACAGUAGAACCUCCUCUCCUCUCCGGGAAGCAGAUCGCUCGACGCAGGAAGCAUCCAGCACGUCGCGUGAAAGCUACACGGUAUACCUCACGUAGCAGGCACAAGUCGAAGCGGACCUGGCAAGGCGCGAAAUCGUGGUGAAUGUGUAAUUUGUGAGUGGGAUCCUUUCAGUC